AUGAAGUUCACCAUUGCUGCCACAGCGCUGUUGGCGACUAUUGCCUCCGCCUCCCCCGUCUGCCUCAGUGGCAGCAGUAGCAGUGACAGUAGCAGCGCCAGCAGUGGCAAUUCCACUAGCUCUGACUCUGGCUCUACCUCUGGGUCUACCUCUGGGUCUUCCACUGGCUCUGCCACUGACGCCUGCGACGUCGGUUACUGCACCCAGAAUGGCGGCACCACCGGUGGAGCCGCCGGAACGACCGUCACUGUCACCGAUCUCGACAGCCUGACCGAGUACGCCGAGGCUGACGAGGCCUACACCAUCAUCGUCUCAGGCGAGAUCUCCGGAUCCGCCCAGAUCCGCGUCGGCAGCGACAAGACCAUCUACGGCGAGUCGGGCAGCUCCAUCACGGGCGUUGGCUUCUAUAUCAGCGAGGUGUCCAACGUCAUCAUGCGCAACCUGAAGAUCGCCAAGGUGCCUGCCGACAACGGCGACGCCAUCGGCAUCCAGGCCUCCACCAACGUCUGGGUUGACCACUGCGACGUGUCUGGCGACCUCAGCGCCGGCAAGGAUGAUUACGACGGUCUCGUCGACGUCACCCACGCCUCCGAAUGGGUCACCAUCUCCAACACCUACUUCCACGACCACUGGAAGGCAUCGUUGGUCGGCCACUCCGACAGCAACGCCGACGAGGACACUGGCACCUUCCACAUCACUUACGCCAACAACUACUGGAGCAACAUCAACAGCCGCUGCCCCUCGCUCCGCUUCGCCACCGCCCACAUCAUCAACAACUACUACGAGGGUAUCUUGACCACCGGUAUCAACACUCGCAUGGGCACCGAGGUCUACGUCGAGAGUUCCGCUUUCGCUGACUCUGCCGAUGAGGCCAUCACCUUUGAGGACUCCGACGAGACCGGUUACGCCGUCGUUGACGAUGUUGACCUUGGUAGUAGUUCCAACUCUGCUCCUGAGGGAACCAUCUCCCUCAGCGACUUCCCCUACGACACCAUUGAGCCCCUUGGCUCUGAUGCGCUUGCCAGCACCAUCCCCACCACCGCUGGCCAGACCUUAUAA